AUGAAUUCCAGCUCCAGCAGACGCGUUGCUACAAUGGACAGGCAUUCCGUUCUCGGUUUGUCUGAUCCGCCAGGACCAAACCCCGCCAUCUUUCGUGGUGGCCGGGCCCCAAAGCCGAAUGAUGUGUUCAUCGCUAUCAUGGGUGUUACUGGCUCCGGAAAAAGCUCUUUCAUUUCUCAAUGCUGUGGAAGGAUGGUCCGGGUUGGCCAUGACUUGACUGGGUGUACAUCAACGGUCGAUGUCCAUGCCUUUGAUUUAUCCCCCACCCAAACUAUCUAUCUUAUUGACACUCCCGGAUUCGAUGACACCAACAGGGGCGAUGCCGAAGUGCUCACUCAAAUUGCUGCUUGGCUUGGGGAGUCGUACCAGCAUAAAAUACUGCUCCAUGGAAUCGUUUAUCUGCAUCCUAUCACAGACCGCCGCAUGCUUGGAUCCGCCCGACGAAAUCUGAAUGUAUUCAUCAAGCUUUGCGGCUUUGAUGCGCUUCAAAAGGUCGUUCUUGCCACAACAAUGUGGGAUAUCGCCGACCAGGAGAUAGCCGAGAAUCGUGAACGAGAGCUUAUCGAGACCGAAGAAUUCUGGGGAUGGAUGAAAUCUCAGGGAUGCAUGGUCUCUCGUCACGACCAUACUACCAAGUCAGCGGUGCGGAUCAUUCGUCAACUGGCUCGCCAUAAUGAACCGGUUGUUACGGAUUUGCAGAGGGAGCUGGUCGAACAAAAUCUCCCAUUGAACGAAACCUCAGCUGGGCAAAAGAUACAGAGUGAACUGCUCGCAGAGAGGGACAAGCUUGCUGGGAUAAGUCGCGACAUGGAGGCGCAUCUUCGACAGGCCAUCAAAGAGGGCAAUGCAGCAGCUGUGGCAAUGUUUAGCGAGGAGCGCGAGAAAUAUGCAGACGAAAUUAGGAAGUUGGAAAUGGAAAUCACGAACCUUCGAAUUACCGUAGAGAAGCUCAUCGACAAAGAUCAUCGGAGGCGGCACACCGUGGACCACUCGAUCCCAACUACAGUCAUACAUCGUCAGUCUUUGGAUGAAGACACCCAAGCACGCCUUGCGGAGAGAGAGCUUCCUCCGACACCUCCCAGAGCUUCUUUGUCCGAAACUCAGCCAAGACAAUUCCAGCAACCACAAUUGAAAGGAGUUUCCCAAGCCGUACGCAUGCCACCCCGCAAUUCUGACACCUCUGUCUCCAUGUGGGGAGAUGUCGUAUGUAUCAUUGGGGAUGUAGCCCUCAGCUCUACACAAUACCCGCGAUUGAAAUUGGACUCAGACUCGGCUUUUCUACGAUCAAUCAGUCUUGGUGACGUGGCAUCCGGUGGGUUCAGAUCAUGGAUCGCCCGCUAUGAAAAGGGAUGGAUGGCAUCCAAUAAUCUGGCGAAAGUGUACCCCAAGCUCGGGCACGGUAUCACUUCACGGGGUCUUCAAGAGCUCAAGUGCUGUUUUCUUGGUCCUCAUGGACAAUUUUUCGCUAAAUGGCAGGACGGACAGCAUCUCUACUCAUCGCCAGUAGAUAUACCAAAGAUUCUUGACGGCCAAAUCGGUGUCGUCAGUGUAGCCUUUGGCUAUGAAGGCACCUAUUUCGUCGCCUAUACCGCCCCGGGUGACAAGAAUCUUUAUAGGUACGACCUGGGGAACCAUUAUGGAGACCUUGCAUACUUCCUUAAUAACGAAAGGAGGAAGAUUGUUGUUCUAUCUAUCACGCUGGACCCAAGGAACGGAACCGACUACAUAUUAGUCUACAAUGAGCGCAUUCAACAUACUCUAAAGACCGAAUUUAAAGGCCCAAAAGUUCGUUUCCAAUCUUCUGGACCCAACGCCAGCGCGAUCUCGAGCUUCUGGUAG